AUGGCCUCAAAACCAUUUUCUUACACAAAUCAACUCUUCCGCGCCCUCACUCCCUUUAUCCCAACUGAUGAGUCGGAACUUAGUGAUCCACCGUCUGAUUUUGACGACCAUGACUUUGACCUAGGUGCCAACUUUUCUAAUAUGGCAAUCAAGAGUCCUCCCUACACAAAGACUAUCAACCGCUUUCCCUCUUCACGUACCAUCAAGACUCCUCCCCCUGCACAGACUAUCAGAAUGGGGAACGCACAGUCUACGCCAUCUUCCAGGAAGCGUCAGCGUCCAGUUUAUGCGGACAAGGAUAGCGAUGCUUCAGCAUCCCAUACCGACAGCAGCAAUGAUGACAUCGAAGACAACAAAUUUCCUGUGCGGAAGAGGGUCAAGUUCUGCAGAACUCUUUACAGUCCACUGGAGCUCAUCCCCAACGAGAUUCUCAACAAAAUCGCUUUCUAUGUGAAAGAUGAUCGAGACUUUAUCAGCCUUGCUUCUUCCUGCACCACCCUAUCACGCGCUCUUGUUCCACCAGAAUCGGCGGUCUGGAAGAAGCGCUUUCUGUCCUUGUAUGACUUCCCGUUGUUAGAGAAUCAAGAAGAAUAUGCCUUCGCAUACCAGGCUCGGCGUUUUGUCUUGUCUCAAUUCGUCGCCUUUACCAAACCUGAUGAUGAGAGACUGAAGAUUCAGAUGGAUGUACUGAGGGAUAUGGUCGUUGAAUCAUAUCUACCACCACAAAGGCACCUCCCAACACCAUUGACUUCACGAAAUCUUGCAGCAUUUGAAUCCCCACAGAACUCACCAUGGAUGCUUACAUUUCUUUCAACUGCUCUGUUUCCCAGCGAUCGUCGCAACAAGUUUGGUCAACCGCACCCCCUUUUCGAUGCCCUCCAGGUCUGUCUCUCGCAUCUAUUGCUCUCGCCGGCCUCGAAAAUGGCACAUACCGUAGACUCCUCAAGAACAAACUAUAAUCUUCUCCGAGUCUACAAUUGGAACCAAAUAUUCAACACGCUAUACCGACGCAUUGAGCCAGCGAAAGAGGACAAAAAGCAUUCCGACCCAUGGUUGAAACGGAAAAAAUUCCCAAAUCUCAAAGACCGAGUUCCAGAAACCCCCGAGUCUCAAUUCGAGCUCGACAUGCACGCUCUUCUACAUAUCCGAAACUUCUGGCAUCGUCAUUUCAUUGAUGACACUCGUGGUUUCUCCCAGCUGACUUCACGCUGGAUUGGUGAAGAUACCUAUGCCAAAAUGGUGAAGUCGCUCACUACAAUGGGCAUCACACCCAAGAAAUGGGAGAUACCAUUAAACAGCGAGCAUUUCCCCAUUAGCUCGGAGUGGUAUGGUCAUUAUAGCUGUCUCAAUCCGUGGCCAAAGACAAUCCGUGAUAUGGAGGAGAGACAAACUUGUGCUGAAGAUUGGACUUCCGUGGAUCCGAUGAAACUCGACUUCUCUACCAGUCAGAACAACCUCGCCGACGGCUUCUGGCCACCGAUUUUCAGCUGCAUACCCGCAUUUGAUAGCACGAUACCAAAUGUCGACGAUCCAAAGAACAAAUGCACCGUGAUCCAAGGUUUUGCGAACUUUAUCGACUUAGAGGCGAUCAACAACAGGAUGGGUGGGUUUCAACCGACACUUACAGUUCCCAAGCUACCUAAAUACCAUCCAUUCCUGUCCCUCCGACUUCGUGGUGUCAUCCAUCCUAUCGAAAGCCAGCCUACGAAACUACAGCGAGAGCAGAAGGGCGCUGAUGGAGAUGGAUCCGAAGACUCAUCGAUCCCAGGCUGGAAUAGAAUCGUCAUGGUCAUGUACAAACCUACCAAGCGCUACCUCAUCCAGGUGCUCGAAUAUGCAGAGGAGAACUACGGAGACCCCUUUGGCCCACUAAUCUCAAUGCAACUGAACUUGCACGGAGGCGCUCAGCCUGCAGUACCCAACUCGACCAGCGGCAAUAACCAAGUUACCAACAACCCAAACGGAACAAACACCAGCGCCAAUCCAACCACGGCUCCAAAUAGCACGACAAACACUGUGGCUUCCAACACCAAUCCCACCAAUCCCACCAUCCAGCAACCCGGGCCCUCCACCGCUCCAGCAUUCGACCCCGUUGAAGCCGACCGCCAACUACAAGCGCACCUACACGAGAAACUCCUGUCCAAUCCAAGCUGGCGCUGCAGCACGCCGCAAAACAGCAUGACACGGGCCAGCAUCGAAGCCAUGGAAGACAAAUUCCGGUCCAACUACGCACUGGAUUGGAACGACAUGGAGUACGCGUACGCGUACGAGGGCGUGCUGCUCCCCGGUGGCAAGAUCAUGAUGGGCCGCUGGUGGCGCUGUGGCAUGCAUGGUGUUGGGCCCGGCAAGGAGCUGGAUUGUGAGGGCUUUCCCGUCGAUGUUGUGGAGCAUGCUGUCGCUGUCACUGUCGAUGCUGCCGCUGCUGGUGGUGGGGAUGGGACUAGCGGUGGGAUUGCGCAUAGUGGUGGUGGAGAUGAGGGCGAUGCGAUGGUUGUCGAUGGCGAGAAUGGUGCUGGUGCGGCAGGGGAUGGAAAUGGUGAUGGGGUGGUGGCUGCUCAGCAACAGGAACAGCACCAGGCGGAUGUGGCGGGUGACAACAGCAAUAAAGGGCUCGAGAGGGGUCCGUUUGUCUUUUGGUGCUAG